AUGCAGGGCCGCGAUAAGUUAUGCGCGAAGCUCUCCAGCGCAUUCCUCAGAAAGUGGUGGUUCGUGCUGGCCACCGCUGUGGUUUUGCUGCUGCUCGGAAUUAUAUGCGCGAUAUUUUUCGGGACCUGGGUCAGACUAUUUAUAGAUCAUGAGCUGGUGCUCCGCCCCGGCUCGAUGACGUUCGAGUGGUGGGCGCGACCGCCGGUGCGACCGUUCGUUCAUGUGUACGUCUACAACGUCACCAACGCUGAUGAGUUCCUCAACAAUGGCUCCAAACCGAUACUAGACGAACUCGGCCCCUACGUGUACUCGGAGGAGUGGGAGAAAGUGAACAUAACCGACAACGAGAACGGGACGCUCUCCUUCCACUAUAAAAGGACAUACACAUUCCAGCCAGAACUGAGCUCGGGCCUCGACGAUGAUGCCGUUGUCGUGCCCAAUAUUCCCAUGCUGAGUGCCACGUCCCAGUCAAAACACGCAGCGCGAUUCCUCCGUCUGGCUAUGGCGUCUAUCAUGGACAUCCUGAAGAUCAAGCCGUUUGUCGAGGUGUCAGUUGGUCAGCUGCUCUGGGGAUACGAGGACCCUCUGUUAAAACUCGCUAAGGACGUAGUGCCAAAGGAACAGAAGCUCCCUUAUGAGGAGUUUGGACUUUUCUAUGGGAAAAACGGCACCGCACCGCAAGUAGUGACGAUGUUCACUGGUGCGACGGACAUCACUCGCUACGGCAUCGUCGACAGGUACAACAUGCUAGAGCGUCUUCCGCAUUGGACGACGGACGAGUGCAACAGUUUCGCCGGCUCGGACGGCUCUAUCUUUCCGCCGCACAUCACCAAAAACGACACACUGAAGAUCUACGACAAGGAUCUAUGCAGGCUGCUGCCGCUCAAGUUCCUGGAGGAAGUGGAGACGAGCGCGGGCGUACAGGGCUACCGCUUCACGCCGCCGGAGGACGUGUUCGCGGCCGACGAGCACAACAAGUGCUUCUGCCCGGCCGGCCCGCCCUGCGCGCCCAAUGGUCUCUUCAACGUAUCCCUCUGCCAGUACGACUCUCCUAUUAUGCUAUCAUUCCCGCAUUUCUAUCUUGCGGACGAGAGCCUCCGUGAUGCUGUAGAAGGAAUCUCCCCACCUGUACCCGAGAGGCACCGACUCUUCAUUGAUGUGCAACCGGAGAUGGGCAUCGCUAUGAGGGCACGAGCGCGCAUACAAAUUAACCUGGCGGUAUCCCAGGUCGUGGAUAUCAAGCAGGUCGCAAACUUCCCCGAUAUCGUCUUCCCAAUUCUCUGGUUCGAGGAGGGUAUCAAUGAACUUCCCGAAGAAGUGACGUCGUUACUGAGACUAGCCACCAAAGUGCCCCCGAUCGCCCGUUCGGCUCUCGGGUGGGGACUGUCCGCGCUCGGCAUUCUUCUCAUAUUGCUGGCCGUCACAUGUCUCAUCAGGUCCUCACACCGCCAAAGCACUUUAAGGCUCGAGGGACACGUGGUGGCCAAGCCGCCCCCAGCGAAAACUCCUAGCAAAGAAAAUGGCUACGAAUUAAACAACAGGAGAUAA